CUUGACAUCAAUUGCAAUGAGCGACAACAAGGACACGAAACGACCUCAUGAGAAUGGGACUGAUCCGGUGGCAAAGGCGUUAGCAGGAACUCUCGAGCCACCUGUUCUCAACCACAGACCUCGCAACAAACGUCAGAAGACCAAGGGGCCCCCUCCCCCAGUCCCAUCACGUCCGAGGCAAUGUCAUUUCUUGUUACUGAGCAAGGGCAAGUAUUGUAGCCUCACCACGAAACUUGGCAAUAAGUUUUGUGGAGAGCAUUCGAUGUACGAAACUACGGCUGAUCCCACAUCAACAUCCAAUGCCAACGAGAAUGGAGCCAAAACGGAAGGCGAAGGCUUUCAACAAACGGCCCGAAAACGUAUUCCAUGUCCAUUCGAUCCCAGUCACACUGCUUGGGCGGACGAUCUAAAGGCUCAUUUGUAUAAAUGCAAUGCACGCCCAAAGGAUGAACCAGCCCAAUACUCAAAGGAUAUUAAUCUCACCUUACCAGCGCCCAAAGGAUCAUCAGACAUUGGGGAUAGCCAAGGGGCUGCUCAACCCUCAAACUCAGGAGCAAAGGCAAUUCAAACAAACAGCGACAUCCUCUCAACACUUUCUAGUGAUCAAUUUGUGGCCUUAGUUAAAAAAAUCCAGGAUAUGUACACGAAAUAUGUUCCAGAAAUCCAGACAGUGAUUUUGGACCAUCCUGCCUUAGAUGAGCGCAAAAAGAUGAUUAAGAAUAUCAAGCAUGCUCGUCAACAAGCAUCCCUUCUUGGGAAUAUGGAACGACUUCAUAUGUUGGAUGAUCCAACCACAUGCUAUGUCGAGUUUGGCGCAGGUCGUGGAGAGCUAUCAAAUUACCUCAAAAUUGCGGUGGAUGAUCAUGGAACAGCAACUUUUGUCCUUGUAGAUCGGACUCCCUCUAGGAAUAAGUUUGACAGCAUUCUGCUAGGUCAGGAGGAGAUCAAGUCAUUAGUGAAGAGGCACACUAUGGAUAUCAAAGAUCUGGUUUUGGCAGAAGUGCCUGAAUUGAGGAUAGAUGUCACAGCGACACAGAGGACACCACCUGUUGAAGAGAAGUCCAAAGAUGAAGGAGGAUCAAAGGAACCACAAUAUGUGCAAAAGAAACCGGUUGUAGCUAUAUCGAAACACUUGUGCGGAGGCGCAACAGAUUUGACGCUCAAAUGUCUUACCAACUUCCAAGCGACCGAACGUGGUCGCUCAAGUCUCCCUUCACCUGUCAAGGGCAUUCUUAUAGCGCUUUGUUGUCAUCAAUUGUGCCAUCAUUACAUGUAUCCCAAUCAGGAAUUCUUGGAAGAGAUUGACAUUAAUCCUGAAGAGUUUGUCUAUUUGACGCGUAUGAGCAGCUGGGCUGUUUGUGUGAACCAGACCAAGACCGAGAAAACGAGUAAUAGUAAGCCUGAUAGCAGUGAUGAAAACAAUGCUAAUAGCCCUAAUGAUAUCACUGGUGAUGACGACGACCACCGUAUCGAAGCUGACUCUGCAUUGGAUAAACUCAGUACCCAUAUUCCCACAAUGGAUUUCCAGGCACGAGCUCGCCUAGGCCAACAAUGCAAGCGAUUACUUGACAUUGGUCGUGUGCGAUAUCUACAGCAGAAUGGGUUUGAUGCAAAGCUGGUGUACUAUGUUGAUCAAGAGACGUCAUUGGAGAACUUGGCGUUGAUGGCGGUGCCGUCUUCAUCUUCUAACUAGGAUUCUUGUGUGGCGUAGGAAUAGGGGGUUUGCGUUUGGCAGGAACUGUUAGAAAGAAUGAAAAAGAAUUAAAGGC